AUGUUUAAAAUUCUAAGUAAAGAGUUGAGUACGAAUCAUUCGGAUGUUGCAGAAGCUUUCGAUCAAAUGUUCUUAUUGACACAAAGCAAUUCGACCGUCAGGAUUAUUGGAACUCCAGAGUUAUUCAGGAUGAUUGAUAAAUCUUUUGAUUUUGUUGAAUUUCCAAUCGAAUUAUUCACAAAAGAUAUUUUCAAUUCAUCAAAAAUCAAAUUGAAGCCGUCCUAUAAUAAUGUGAUUCUAUUUAGAGAUAUUGAGGAAGUCUUGAUAAUCCUAGUGAAAUCAAAUCUUCAAUAUUUUCGACUAGAUGGAUUCUAUAUCCUCCUAUCAUUCAAUAAUUGCAAUGAGACAAACGAAAAGAAACUUUUUGAAAUCGUUUGGAAGCAACAAAUCUUCAAUAUCAAUAUAAUCUGUAAGGAUGAUGAAGAGAUUCUCAUGAAAACAUUUGUGCCUUAUCAAGCAGGCAAAUGUGGUUGCACAGACUCAGUCAUCAUUAAUAUAUUCAUUAAAAAUUCAUGGAGCAAUGAAAACUUUUUCCCACCAAAAUUAAAAAGCCUAUAUCAAUGUCCAUUACGUGUUGCCUCAUUCCGAUAUCCACCAAUAAUAAUGCGAGAGACAUUAAGGAACGGCACCCAUCGAUAUUAUGGCAGUGAGAUGGAAAUUCUAUUUUUACUAGCAUAUGCUAUGGAAUUUACUGUUAAUCACACUUAUUAUAACUAUUUCCAUAAAGGAUUAUUAUCUGAGAAUGGAACUGCUACAGGAAUAUUAAAGCAAGUCAUGGAUAAGGAAUUGGACAUGGCAAUGGGAUUUUAUUUUUUGAAUUUCGCACGAGCUAAACAUUUAAGCUUUACACAUUCACAUUACUCUGUGUCUAUAGUCAUUAUGAUACCUCCUGGAUCUCCAUAUUCAUCAUUUGAGAAGCUUUUCAAGCCAUUCCAGAGAAAUGUUUGGAUCUGCUUGAUUGUUGUAUUUACACUUGGAAUUAUUGUAAUUUUCAUCAUCAACUAUCAAAGUGAACAUGUUAAGAACUUUAUUUAUGGAACUGACUUAAGGACACCAUUUACAAAUUUAUUUAAUAUUUUCCUGAAUGGGAUACAGAAUAGACUUCCAAAUAGGACAUUCGCUAGAUUCAUAUUGAUGGUCUUUUUCAUAUUUUGCUUCAUCAUUCGGACUGUCUAUCAAGGAUCUUUAUUUCAAUUCCUUCAAUCUGACGAUAGAAAUCCAGAACUGCAGACAAUAGAUGAAAUGAUGAAAGCAAAGUUUACAUUCUAUGUUCGGGAUACAAUUGAGCAUACAGUAAAGCAUAUGAGCUUUUACAAUCGCACAAAAGUUACAAAGCCUGAAGCGUAUGCUGACUUAAUACCAAAAACUCUUAAUCCAUUAUAUAAAGGUGGAAUAAUUUUGCCAGUCAUGGAAGUGAUUUACUCAAAUGAAAUUAAUCAGAAGAAUUUCACACUUAAAGUUCUUAAAGAAUAUCUGCUGGAUAUCUCAAUUGUCUAUCUAUUCCCAAAAAAUUUUCAUUUAAUUAGUGCACUUAAUGAGAAAAUGGGAAGAUAUACAGCAUCAGGAUUAAUUUCAAUGUGGAUGGAACGGUAUUUAGAUCGAAGAUAUGUCAAUAUGGAAGAUCCAGUGACUGGACCUAGAACUAUAAAUGUGAAGGAUAUAAAAGGAUGUUUGGAAUUGCUUGUGAUAGGAUUUAUUGUCUCAAUAACUGUGUUUUUACUGGAAAUGAUUUCUGUUUUCAAAAUCAUGAAGUUUUUAAGAAGAAUUUUAGAGAAAUUUGAACAUUUUAGUAGAUAG